AAACAAGCGGAAAGUAUAAUCUCGAACAAUCCAAAGAAUCAUUGACAUACACAAGCAGAAGUAUCGCAUCACAUACUUCAUUGCAAAAUGUCAGCUUCUGACAUUGACAGUUGACCUAAUAUUGCAUUAUUUGUAACGUUUCCGAGGCUGCUAUAAAUGUCUGUAAAUAAUUUUUAACCGUGGAAAGUGGUAUGCAUUCAAAUACCAAGCCUGGAAUGGCAGACAAGCCUGAUUGUUCAAUGAAGCAGACCUCUGACAUCGCAAGUGAGGUUAUAAAAGAGAAAGAAGCUGAUAUAAGUCGUUAUUUUGAAAAUGGAUCUCGCACAAUAUUCGAUGAGAUCGUUCCGUCGAAAAAGAAUGAUUUCUCCGAAGUGCAAAGAAGUACUAUGAGCAGAAUUCCGGAUUUUGAAUUAAUGAGCGAUCGCUCGAACGAGUUCUUAAAAACUAGCACGUUGUUCGACAAUGAAUUGCUUGAUCAUAGUGCGUCGAACGACAUGCACAGAGAUAUUUGGAUACCUUCUGAGAAAACAAGGAAAGUUCUGCGCAGCAUCGCCACAUCAGCUAUGGGAAGCAAUUCUCUUGAAAGGGAGAACCUGACGAUGCCAGGUUUGGCAAUACAAGGAGACAUGCCCGAUUUAAUAAAGAGUACUGCCAUUCGUUACCUAGGAGAAGCUGAGAACAUUCACAGAAAUGUACGUACAUCUUCGGAUGUGACACAAGAUGAACGUGGCCUGAGAAAUUUAAUACAAGCUGGUUGUUACAAGGCGGCAAUAAAUUUGUCGGGGAAACUUUUGGCUGUGUAUGCUCAAGGGUAUGGCAAAAUAAACCAACCUAGCAAACAUACUCCACAUUCUUUGCAGCUAUGGUACACAAGGCUAGCUUUAUUGACUAAACUGAACCAAGUAGAUGUUCUAGAGAACGAAUCAAAACCAUUUGGUAAUCUAGAUAAACCUGAUAUGUAUUUCACAUUUUAUCCUGACUUAUAUGGCACCAGACCAGGUUCUAUGGCUUCAUUUUCCUUUCGACUACUUUUAGCAGAGAUACCAUCGUACUGUGGUAGACCCAAAGAAGCAUUGGAUAAUCUAUACAAAGUUCUAGCCACUGUGAAUCAGAUAAUAACAAAUUUUAAUGAUGGCUACAGUGGAGAUGGAUCUCGCAUUACAGUAAACGCUGUUGAACAAGAAGAUGCUAUACGCUUAUGGAAAGGAAGAAGAUCUAGAGUCCUAAUGUCCAUUACGAACUGUGCAGUUGGCAUAAAAAAUUACGUACUAGCUGUAGAUAUUUUAGAAAAGUUGUGUGAUUCUCCAGAUUGGUCACCUGAACAAUUAGAAGCUUUAAAAUCUAGCAUAGGUAGAUUGCAUUUGUUUUUGGGAGAUGUUGCAACAGCAGAAAGAUUGCUUAUUAAUGAGAAUAAACAGAAUAGUAGUCUAACUGUGAGAGAGUGGAUGGAUAGAGGGCUACUGGCUGUAGCUCACAAUUCCUUUCAGGAAGCAUACAAAUACUUCCAGGAGGCGGCCAUGCUAGAUCCUAACAACAUCGCGUUAAUUAAUAACAUGGCUGUUUGUCUUUUAUAUACAGGGCAGUUGAAGGAGGCCGUGCAUUUAUACGAAAGUGCAAUUACAAAGAAUCCUGCAAGAAGCUUGCAGGAGUCUAUACUAUUAAAUUUGCGUAGUGCGUAUGAACUUCUUACACACUGCGAACAACCGAAAUUGCAACUUUUGAGUCAACUAAAUAGGUAUAAAGGAGAUGCUAUAGACAUACAAUGUCUGAAGCUUGGUCUGUAAAUUAGCUCUAAUUCUAUUCGUCCAUGUAUAACGUGUGAUAGAAGAAAGGGAAGAUUAAAACUUGUUAUUUAAUUGCAAUAACGAUUGCAGUAAGUAAGAUGUAAAGUUUAUUAAAUAAUAAGUAAUUUCAAUCGAGUUAACAAAAA